AUGCCAGGCAUUAUUAGUACCGCUCUUCCAAAUAAAAAAUCUGUUCAAAGAAAACUUGUUAUCAAGAAAAUAGAGAAACCAAAUUCCCUGCUGGUCUCGUUUUCGAAGCGGAGGGGCGGUCUUUUCAGGAAGGCUUGUCAACUCAGCGGUCUGUGUGGCGCUGAGGUGGCCGUCAUUGUUUUCUCUCCGUGUGGCAGGCUGUACGUCUUUGGCCACCCAUCGGCGGAUUCUGUUCUCUCUCGCCUUGAACGCGUAAACAAUGCCUUGCAUGGCCGCCAAUACAUCUCCAUGCAUGCUAGUUCUGAGGAUGAAGAUCAUGAUACAGACAGCAGUAUAAACGAGUCCAAUUCAAUAGAAUCUUGUAUGGUGUCCAAAACGAGCAUAGAUCUUGAAAAUCUUGUCUUAGAUCUUGAAAAAGACACAGAGGAGAUGGAGGAGGACGAGGCGAGCAAAUUUUGGUGGGACCAGCCAAUCGAGACUGUGAAGAAGUUGGAUGAACUGAAGCAGUUCAAGAGUUCAUUAGACAAAUUGAAGGCUAAAGUAAUUACGCAAUUGGAUGAGAUGGAAAUGCGUAAAUUGGUUGUGAGGCAUUAUUUGAUGUGA